AUGACACAUCACGAUGACACGAGUAAGUCAUGCAAGAACACCACCCGGCGGGCAAUUAGUUCCAGAGGAGAUAUAAUGCAUGGCUUUCCUCAAAACCUCGACAACGUAAAGCCUUGGCUUCAGCAGAUCGGACAGAAUUUCGGAGACGUCGAUUCGUUCGCUCAACAGGUUCCAGAUGGAACGAGAACCGGCGGGUUCUUUCUUCUCCGCUCUGACCAUUUUGACCCAGAAAGAGACGUCACUGAUGAUGGCAAAUUAAUUCUCGGAGCAGAAGCUUUGCCAACCGUAUUCCCAAACAUGGAGACCUCCGACGCCCAGGAAGAUGAUGCUCCUUUGGCGUCCGGCGGAGGUGAGGCAGAGAUGUUUGAAGAAUGUAUCGGCUCAGACCAGGAAAGCGAACAGGACCGGUCCGACGGCAGUUACGUGGACGGUAGCCCGCUGAUGCUUGUUACUGUAGAGGAGGAAGAAUUUUGUCCAAACAAUGAUUAUCACCCGAAAGACGCCAGCACCGAGAGGUCCAUUCCCUACAUUUCAACGAGACUACUCAUGGUUGAUGCUUCUACAUCCAUGGAGCCGGUUCCCGAGACCGAAGACAAAUGCUGUCAGUGUCCUGAGUAUGAACUGGAUCCUGAAACCCAUCCUUGGAAUAUUCACCACGACCAGCUCUACAGAACUCCUUAUUUCACUCCAUUGAAAUAUUCGGUUCCCCGCCAGGCGUCCACACAAAGACAUUCUCUUCAUGGCUGGCCCCUACAGAAAACCGACCCCAUCAUAGACUAUGUGACCACGUACAGGAGAUCCGUGUACAACGGUGCCGAGUACCCCCCCAAUGACACAGACAAGAAGACCAAAUUGGAACAAGAGCUUAAGUAUGAGCUGAAACAAUCCGAGUUUCAUGAAGUCGCAGUUUACUUUUCCAAGGAGGAAUGGGACGUCUUGAAGAAAGAACAGAAGGAGCUUUAUAAAGAUGUUAUGAUGGGGCAUUACCAGAUCCUCUGCUCUCUGGGUCUGGCUCUUAUAAAACCUGAGGUUAUAUCCAAGAUUGAACAAGGGCAAGAUCCUUAUGUAUCUGAUUGCUGGCACGACGAGGAGACGUCUCAAAUAGUGAGCAAUAUGGGACAUGCUUAUAUGAAGCCCGCUGUUAUUACAAAGGUUGAAAGCGGACAAGAGCCCUACACAACAAAUCACUGGCAAAUUGAGGACGGACCUCCUAUAAUUAACAGUAUAAAUUGGAUGACGUUACAAGGUUACGAGGGAAGCCUGUAUGAUUGCCCUAAGUUACAGCAAAGCUUGGCCUCUAACGCAAGCCUCAUUCGUCAUCACGCCGACCCCAGCAUGGAUGUCAGUCUGAGGUUUAUCAAACGCGAAGACCAGUUCUCUCGCGAGCCCGACCUUUCCCAACAACCGAGGAUUCGGCCCGCGAAGAGAUCGUUUCCGUGCCCGGAAUGCGGAAAGACCUUCUCCUCGGCCAUUCAGAGUUUAAAGCACCAGAGGAUGCAUGAAGGCAGCGGACAGUUCGCUUGCUCGCAAUGCGGCAAAUGUUUCAAGUCAAAGUCUUACCUCACUAUUCACGAAAGGACGCACACAGGUGAGAAGCCAUUCCUGUGCUCGGAAUGCGGGGAGGGAUUCAUCAGCAUGUCGCAUUUGGUUGUACACCACAGGACGCACGUAGGAGCGGCUCAGUUAGUCUGCCCGGAAUGCGGGGAAUCCUUCGCCCGGAAAUCCGAGCUCGUCCGACACCGGAAGCUUCACACGGGAGGGAAACCGUAUACGUGCCCUGAAUGCGGCAAAUGUUUCAAGCGGAAAUCCGAGCUCAUAUCGCACGACAAGAGUCACGGUGGGGAGAAGCCAUUCGCGUGUUCUCGGUGCCACAAAGUGUUCAGCAGAAGGUCGCACCUCAUCGUCCAUGAAAGGACACACACGGGAGAGAAGCCGUUCCUGUGUACGAUCUGCGGGAAGGGUUUCAUCAAGAAUUCUGACGUGGUUCGACACUACAAAACCCACGCUGAGGAUACACCUUAUAAAUGCCCGGAGUGUGGGAUCGGAUUUACUAAGAACGCGUGUCUAUUAGAGCAUCUCGAUAAGCACCUGACCCCUGACAAAGAAGAGAAGUCAUUCAUAUGUGCAGAAUGCGGGGAAGGCUUCGCGAGUAUGUCCGACCUAUCGGCCCACGAGGCGGGCCACGCGGACAAAUCCUACAUUUGCUCGGAGUGCGGGAAAUGCUUCAGUGACAUCUCCAACUUGGUAACUCACCAAAUGCACCAUAAAGGGGAGAGAACCUUUGCGUGUUUGGAGUGCGGAAAAUGUUUCACCAAAAACCUAUACCUGGUGAGACAUCAAAGGACUCACAGCGCCGACAAAUCCUUCCUGUGCUCAGAAUGCGGCAAAUGUUUCACCAGCAAGUCUGAUCUGGACAUCCACGAGACCAUCCACACCGUGGAAAAAUCAUUUGUGUGUUCCGAGUGCGGCAAGUGUUUCAGCCAAAAGGCUAACCUCGUCACGCAUCAACGGAACCACAAGGGAAAGAAAGCGUUCGCCUGUUCGGAGUGCGGGAAAUGUUUCACCAAAAGCCUGUAUCUCUCGCGGCACCAGCGGAUCCACACGGGGGACAAAUCCUUCAUAUGCUCGGAAUGCGGCAAAUGCUUUACCAGUAAAGCCGACCUCGACAUCCACGAGACCAUUCACACAGCCGGUUUUCUCAGUCUGCACUCGGUUUGA